AUGAGGCUUUUGGAGUCGUGUCCCAACCAUCGCAUGAAGGAGAUAGAGGUGCACCACACCUUCUAUGAGGGGAUGAACAAGGAGACCAAGGAUCUGGCGAAUUCAUCAUCCGGAGGCGAUUUCACCCAGUUGAGAGUCAGUGAAGCCAAAAAGGUGUUACGCAAGCUGUUGAAUGCGAAGAAGACGUACGACAACGCGAGAGAUGGGUACAGCAGAGAAAGGAACACUCCACCACCUUCUCCGACUGGAGGCAAAGAGGCCCCAGAACUACCAUAUGAUCAGCCGAACAACUCGCCAGAUGUGGAGCAAGCAAAUGCCGCAGGAUACUACAAUUCCAACGGCAAUUGGAUUCCGGGAAGGCAGAGGGAUGCACCGUGGAGGGACCACCAAAACUUCCGAUGGGGAGAUGGAAAUCAGAAUCAGAACCAAAAUCAGGCUCAAAAUCAACCCAACCCCCACCCGAAUCAAAAUUCCAACCGUGGCCCAACAAACCCUGACUACCAGUCUAACUGGGUAGGAAGAAACCAGCAUCCUAAGAACCAAAACCCCCAAAACCAGAACCCGAACCCUGCCUAUGUGCCACCCCAUCAGCGAAACAACCAGAACCAAAACCAAAACCAAUUUAACCCAGGGCCUCAACAUAACAGCCAUAAUCAAAACCAAAAUCAGUACCGAACAACCACGACCAGUCCAACCCUCCCGCCCAGUAUAAUCAGUAUCCACAGAACCAAAACCAUCAAAAUUUCUCGGGCUACCAGUCAAACCCACCACCUCAGUAUAACCAGCACCAGGGCUCAAACCAAUUCCAUCACCCAAACAGGUCGAGGAGGUCUAUGGAAGACAUGA